CGGUUGAUCACCGGAAGUAUUUAUUACCACUUCCGGGUGUUUGGUGCAAAAAAUUGGCGGUUCGUGUUUUUAUGUCCAGGCCUAAGCUUGCGGCCUAGGCUGCCGGCGUUUCGAGCAGUCAGCUCCGGACAUUCUGACGGCAUUUCUUAUAUCUCUCAAUAAUGACGAACCCGGCGUUGUUGCAGGAAAAGAAUGGGAGAUAUUUGUGGUUUGCACUUCUGGGGCUGGGAUUUCAACCGGACACGGCAACGUCGUCAGUCUCCGGCAAAGUUAGCGUAAAUGCUAAACACAUCAACUUGGGAUCGAAUAUGUUUGAUAAACCAAACAAAGAUGCUUUCUACAUAGUAACCCGUUUCCUGUUAGAGAAACUCAACAAGACGCGAUUUCAUGAAGCAUACAGAAAUUGCUGGCCGGUUUUGAACCCCAAAGCAGAUGUUGAGUUUCGUAAAGUUACCUGCGCUUGGCUGCGUGAAAUAAUGGAUGAAACUGCAGGCACAGGAUCCAGAGUGGUGGCAUCUCUGUUCCUCUCCCCUGGAGGCCCCAAGUUUGUCACCUUGAUGCUUCAUUUGGCCAACCAUGUCAUGCUGCAGGAAAUGAAGACCUUCAGCACAGAUGAUAGCUGGGUUCCUGAGGCUGCAGCGAUACCAGCUUCCUCCCUAGACAUGGCUGUGAAGAGACUCGAUCUGAUCAGUACCAGGUUUUUGAAAACUGCAGUGGCUCAGGAUCGUUUCCUCCACGAGUACCAGAGGCGAGCCCAGCUUCUGGUGAAGUCCAUGAGAGACAUCAGAGCGGAGGGCGCCAAGUAUGAUGAGCUUCUCAAGUGUUAUAGCAGUGGUUUUGCACAGGAAGGAGCAUCUCUAGCAGAGAAGACCCAGAAGGUGCGCACCUUGUGGUCAACCAUUGAUGAAAUGCUGUCGACUACCAAGGAGAACCAGAAUGCAGUGGAAAGUGUUUUGAAAGGGGAUGCAGACCAGUACAUCCUGGACGGGACAGAUCGAGUCCUCAGGCUUCCUCGGACUCUCCUGGAGAGAAUUGAACAGCUUCCACAUCAGUUGAGUUCAGGGAAUGUGUAUGAGGCUGGUCAGCUGAACGUCCUGUGUGUGCUGGAGCUGAUGAAUCACGCGCUGCAGCUCCUGAGUGAGAAUCGCCGUCGAGUCGCUCAUGCCCCCAGGCCCCAGCUCAGUCCUGAGCAGCUGCAAGAGAGAUGUCAGCAAAUGACCCACGUGCUGCAGGACCUCCGCCUCCUCAGACAGAAGAUUUCAAAGGAAGAAAUUCCUGAGGUUAGGAGUAGCAUCCUAAAGUUGGACGCUGAGUGGGACAGGAAGUGGAAGGACAUCCUGAAGGACACACCCCUAAUCUCUUUUCUGAAUGAAGAUCCUGCUCUUGGCUUCCUCUCACCAAUGGCUCCUCUGUCAUUUGAACCGGCGUCUGAAGCUUGUAACAGAAGUUGUGUUUUCUCCCAGUAUCCAGCUAAACUUCCUGAGGAGAAGCCGGCAGAGAGUAAAUCACAGGGCGGCGUCAGCCCCAGUUAUCCUAUCGUGGAAAGUUAUUACCCUGCAACAGCUGAGAAGAGUGAAGACCCUGUUGUCUCCAGUCAAGCAUCAUCACGGGCGAACACCUCUCUCGACUGGCUUUUUGAAACGCCUCCGUCCCCUCCUGUGAAGGCUCCGCCUGUAGCCCCUCUUCAGGCCAGUGUGAGGACGGUGACUCGUGUUCCACCAAAGGGGGCUUCCAUGAGGAUCGAGACUGAAAUAUUGGACAUGGAGUAUGACAACCUAGCUGAUCAGUUUGCAGAUGCUGUAACUACAACCACUCCCACAGAGGGCAGAGUCAAAAGUCUGGACUUGGAGGUCCUUCUCAACUCUCUUCACAAAGAUCCUUUCUCUACUAGGAAGCAGCUGCCACGCACACCUGAGAGCUUGAUUGCAGAUGUGAAAAGCUCCUGGCAGAAGGCGCUUGAGGAAGAUGAAGCGGAGAAAACCCAAGUGACCGACAGCAUUGUGAGCCACCUCACUCUCCUGAGCCCCAGUGCUCCCUCCCAGAGUGUCUCCUACUCUAUCAGCCACAGCAGCCCCCCCGUCUGCAAGCAGGGGGUCUUACUCCACUCCACUCUGUCAUGGGACACCAUCAGUGCUGAGGCUCCUGACAGCCCUAGUGGCACAGGCAGCAGUGCGGUCCAGUUCAGCCUCAACUGUGAAACAUUGCCUGAAAUGUCGAGCUACGACAGUCUGCUGAGCCUCGAUGACGAAGCCGUGGAUGUCAAGAGUGAGGACGAGCUCCUCAUACCUUCCCUGAAGACUGAGGCGAAGCAGUCGCCAUUAACCACAUGUCAGAUAGAGCGGGUGUGCAAUGACGGCUCCUUCAUGGAAAACAGGAAGAGGACACCCGCGUGCCUUCUGUCGGAUCACGCUGUGUCUGGUUUAGACAGGGACUGGCUAAUGGAGCCUGCAGCAUCCGUGGAGGCCACAAACAAGGUCUUCUCACUGGACCUGGAGGCACUGGACACACCCUCAACACCAGAGAAGCAGGAGUACAGCCUUCCAAAGCUGAUCGUGUUCUCCCCCAUUGAUGACAUGAAGUGAUAGCUACAUUCAUAGAAACCAUUCCUCACCCUGCCUUCUGCUGUCUUCCCUGAUUUUAAAAGAUGUAAAUAAAAUGUGUACAUAAAUGUAAAAUAAGCGACUUUUGUCCUGCACUAAAUUGGUUUUCCAUUCUCUUAAUUUAAAAUAAUGAGAAUGAGCUGCUUCAAUAAGAUAAAAGGACUGUUUUUUCUUUUCUACUUAUUUGUAUAUUUCCAGUAUGGAAACCAGUUUCAAAUCAGACUGUUUGUGUCCGUUUGGGAAAUCCAUUAAACUGUUGGGCAGCUGCUGUGGUGAGUCCACUGUCUUAAUGAAAAUGCUAGUGUGCCUCUUCCCUUUAACGCUGUGACUGCACUUUUAGCACAGUUUCCUGCCACACAUGCCUUUACAGGGUGGAAGUAAUAAAAGGCGGUUGUAAGCACUUUGCACAAUCUGAAGUA